UAUCAGCAGCACCUUCAAUGUCACGUUUGUUAUGUCUCUACAGCUCUUAACUUCCAAACAGCGAAUUGGCUUUUAAACGAGCUAAAUAUGUAUAAAUUCAGUAGUUUACUAGCUAAUUCUGUGACUACCGCUUGUCGACAGCUGACUGCAAACGGAGCCUCUCUGUAUGGGAGCAGAGGCCUGCAGAGAACAUUAUGUAGCAGCGCUGUCAGACAGCAGGAGGCUGCAGCACCGAGCUCAGACUCAAAAGAGUUCAGCGUUAUGCCUCCACUGCCGGGUCAGGACAGCGCAUUGCGAUGGGGUGGAAAUAAGUUUGAGGAUUUACCCAUCGUCCACAUUAAGGCCACAUACAACAACACACACAUCCAGCUCACGGACAGUAAGGGAAUGCCUCUGGUGAGGACGUCCUGCGGCACAGAGGGCUUCAAGAAUAUCAAGAAGUCCACGCCCAUCGCUGCGCAGACAGCAGGCAUCUCAGCUGGCUCAAAAGCCACGGUGAAAGGAGUGAAGUUUGUUCGUGUUGUGGUCAAAGGCCUCGGUCCAGGACGUCAGUCUGCCAUCAAAGGCUUGACGAUGGGAGGCCUGGAGGUGGUGUCCAUCACCGACAACACCCCCGUGCCACACAAUGGAUGCCGUCCACGCAAAGCCAGGCGGAUGUGACGGAGGCUGCUGUGUUGUAAUGUGCUAAUAAAGUGUUUUGAUGUGAAA